AAGCCUGCGGCAGCCAAACAUCCGUGUGGGACUCCAGAUCCACCUCGGCUCGGCUCACCAGGUCAACAUCUUCCUCCUGCACACGUUUCAGCUGCGGAUGCGCGCAACAACUGCGGAUGGUUAUGUUUGAAAAGGAGUCAGGAAACCAACUGGACCCGUCAGCUACAACAGCCAUGCCUUCCAACAACUCCGGAGCGACCCUGUCAGAGAGCAGCAACGUGACCGCCACAGCAGCAGUAAAUGGAGAUACGCCCCUUAUUGCCGAGGGCCUAUCAGAGAACGACAGCGGCGUUGAGUUGACCAAUGACAACAGCCCGCUGACAGCAGCGGAGCCGCCCUCGCCCUUCUGCCCCAAACAGAGCGGGGGCGCCGCUUCGCCGCAAGAUGGUAACCAGCGUACGAGAGGAAGCAGGAAGAGGAGCAGGAAGAGGCCUGAGGAGGAGGAACCAGACUGGGACUCCUACAGCCACAAGAAGCCGUCAGGAACGUCUCAGUUGGGCUUGAGGCAGAGGCCGAGACCAAGAACCAUCUACCAGGCCGGCCUGGCGGCGAACCCGCAGACCAAACACCGCAGGCAGAACCGCAAACAGGAGCAAAGCACAGUCAUGUACGCUGCUGGUCCUCGCAGAGCCGCCAGCGUCGUUGCCAGGGAGACGCCGGAGGCGCCAUGUUUGGAGCUGAUGGAGCAAGACUCCAAAGACUCGGCCCAGAGCAGCAGCACCACCACCUCCAGCUCCGAAGUCCAGCCAGAGUACAACGAUAAUAAAGGUUUUGGAGUCGGCGAGCUGGUCUGGGGGAAGAUCAAGGGAUUCUCCUGGUGGCCGGGGAUCGUGGUGACGUGGCGCGCCAUGGGCAAGCGGCAGGCCAGCCACGGCAUGAGGUGGCUGCAGUGGUUCGGAGACGGAAAGUUCUCUGAGGUUUCAGCGGACAAGCUGGACUCUCUCAUGAACUUCCCCAAGUUCUUCAGCCAGGCUUCGUACACCAAGCUGGCCUCCUACCGAAAGGCCAUCUUUCAGGCAGUCGAGAUGGCCAGCGUCAGGGCAGAGAAAACGUUUCCCCCCUGCGAGACGGACAAUCCCGAGGACCAGAUCAAACCCAUGCUGGACUGGGCCAACGGCGGCUUCCAGCCCAAAGGAGAGGAAGGACUCAAACCGACACGCAGCGCCAGCAGUAACCCUCUGGACCACCAGAUCCUCAACGUUUCUCUGCCAGAGUAUUUCCCCAGCGCUAAGCGGCCCAAAGUCAUCCCCUGCAAGGCCAAGGCUGCGCCCGAGGAGCCCUGUAGCAGAGAACAAAUGGUGAAUGAAGUACAGAACAAGAACCGAAGUAUAGAAGAGUUUUGUCUCUCAUGUGGAAAGAUGAGAGCAGCAACCUUCCACCCGCUGUUUGAAGGAGGCUUGUGCCAAACGUGUAAGGAUGUGUAUCUAGAGAUCUCCUACAUGUAUGAUGACGAUGGCUACCAGUCCUACUGCACUGUCUGCUGCGGAGGCCGAGAAGUUCUGCUCUGCGGAAACGCCAACUGCUGCAGGUGUUUCUGCGUGGACUGUCUGGACAUCCUGGUGGACCCGGGGGCGUCCAACAACGCCCGGCACCAGGACCCCUGGCGCUGCUACAUGUGCCAGCCGCUGCUGCAGUAUGGCGUCCUGAAACGGCGCCACGACUGGAGCUUGAAGCUGCAGGAGUUCUUCGCCAAUGAUAACGAACAGGAGUUUGAGAAACCAAAGAUUUACCCAGCAGUCCCUGCUGAGCAGCGAAGACCAAUCAGAGUCCUCUCCCUGUUUGACGGCAUUGCUACUGGCUACCUGGUUCUGAGGGACCUGGGCUUUAAAGUGGACCAGUACGUGGCGUCGGAGGUGUGUGAGGACUCGAUCUCAGUGGGUGUGGUCAGACAUGAAGGAAAGAUCCAAUACGUCCAUGAUGUCAGGAACAUCACCAGGAGAAACAUUCAGGAAUGGGGGCCGUUUGACUUGGUGAUCGCAGGAAGUCCCUGUAACGACCUGUCCAUCGUGAAUCCGGCCAGAAAAGGCCUGUUUGGAGGAACAGGAAGGCUGUUUUUUGAGUUCUACCGCCUGCUGAGCGAGGCCAAGCCCAAAGAAGGAGAAGACCGUCCGUUCUUCUGGCUGUUUGAGAACGUGGUGGCCAUGGGCGUCAACGACAAGAGGGACAUCUCCCGCUUCCUGGAGUGCAACCCUGUGAUGAUCGACGCCAUUGAGGUCUCCGCCGCCCACCGCGCGCGCUACUUCUGGGGGAACCUGCCGGGGAUGAACAGUGAAACUGCGUGUUUCAGGCCGCUCUGCGCCUCUGGGAUGGACAAGCUGGCGCUGCAGGAGUGUCUGGACCACGGACGGGUCGCAAAGUUCGGGAAGGUGCGAACCAUCACCACUCGCUCCAACUCCAUCAAACAGGGGAAGGACCAGCACUUCCCGGUGCUGAUGAACGGGAAGGAGGACGUGUUGUGGUGCACGGAGCUGGAGCGGAUCUUUGGAUUCCCAGUUCACUACACGGACGUGUCGAACAUGGGCCGCGGUGCCAGGCAGCGGCUGCUGGGCCGGUCCUGGAGCGUUCCGGUCAUCAGGCAUCUGUUCGCGCCGCUCAAGGAUUACUUCGCCUGUGAAUGAACAGAAACCAGGGACCUGAAGACGUCUCGCUCCGUCAGCCACUUUCACAUGGAGAGAGUUACUUUGAUUCAAACCAGAGCUGCAGGAAAAUCAGAGCGGCUCUUAUUGGAUGAUUAAAAAAAGGAAAAGCUGAUUGGAUCAUCCAGAAUCAGAACCGGAGUUAAAAACCGGUCCGUUUUCUGAGCCGCUCAGAAAAUAACAAACAUUUUAAUUGGUAAAAACAAAACCGACACUUAAACAAAACUCCUUUAUUUUCCUCAUUUUCAUUAAUUUUGACCUAUAAAUUGAAGUUUAUUUAUCAAACCUGAGGAAGCAGAGUCUCUUUGCUGCAAAAACACAAAAUCUUAGAUUGUGUUGCAAAAAUCUUAAUACACUUCAAAAAAGACAAAACCAACUUACAAAAACUUUUCAAGAGUUUGUUUCAAAUCAGUAAUUCCUUAACAUUGAUGAAACGGUUUUCGCUCAGUUCUCUGAUCUAGUAUCUUUUCAUCAAAAUGCAUGAAUUACUGACUAAAAACCAGAUACGAAUGUUGGCAAAAAGUUACUUCUAAGUUUGUUUUCUCUUAUUUUAAGUAAACUAUAAUAUAUUUAGAAAAUAAACUAAACAAAAAUAACCAAAAUGAGGUCAGUAAAUUCAAAACAAAUCCAAAAAAUUUCUGUUUUUGGCAUUUUAUUUUGUAAAAACAUAAAAUCUUAGCCAGUAUUUUUCAUCCAGUUUCUAUUGCAAAUGUUUUAGUAGAUCAUAAAUAAGAGGAAACUUACUUAUAAGCAACUUUUUAGGACUUUAUGUCAGAUAAUCCUUAAAUAUUGAUGAAAAAGUUUUAGUUGUAGCUUAAAUACGUUUAGCUCAGACUUCAGAAAUAUUGACCAAAAACAAGCUCCUAAAUGAAUCUACGAAAGUUACUUGUAAGUUAUUUUUGUCUUUUUUCCAAGUGUACUAAGAUAUUUGCAAUAUAAAUUAAACUAAAAAUACUUUAAGAUUUUGUGUUUUUGUAACAGAGUUCCCUCUGAACAUAAGAACGAUAAAUAGGUGGAUAAACUUUAAUUUAUUGCUCAAAACAGAUGAAAAUGGGGAAAUAAAUUGGGUGCAUUGUCAUUUGAAUUUCAUUCUCGCGUUCAAAUCCUCCCUAAAAGUUUCCAAAACGUUCUGCUGCUGUUAAACAUUUGGAUUUGGAACCAAAUCUUAAGGUUCUUUAGAAAGUUUUCAGCGUCUGAUCCUGUUGGAUUUGCUGGCGUUGAUCUGUUAAAGACGGCAAAAAGAAAAUGUGAAACAGUUUUAAACCAAAAAGCUUUCUUCGUGUUCUGCUACUGACUGCUGUUGGCUAAACGUUCUGAAACUUGACCGGCCGUUUCGGGGAAAUCUGCACAUUUCUGAACA